GCCGUGUCGAUAUGAUAAACGUGUAACGGGGCUGGGACGACGUGGCAACGCACUUGUUCCAAUCUUCAUCGAACGAAUGGAAUCCGCGCCACCUGGCAGUUCAACUCUUGCCGCUCGUUGCGCCAUGGCCAUGACCGGGGAAGACACGCCGUUCCUGAUGAAAGGAGACGAAGGCUUCAACCUCAAGCGUGAAGUGCAGGAGCUCGUGUCGAUGGCCUUUCAGGUCAGCCUGGCGAGUCUUGUCCGCAUGGGCUUGACAGCGAUCGACAGCGCUUUCUUGGGCCACCUCGGCGUCCAGGCGUUGGCAGCGUCGUCGUUGGCGUCCGUGUGGAUGGCCGUUCCAUUAUAUGGGGUGUGGUCUGGCAUUGCCUGCAUUGUCACGUUGUGCGGUCAAGCCCUCGGUGCCCAGAAUUACAAGUUGGCAGGCAUUUGGCUCCAGUUUGGCGUCAUCAUUUGCUUCUUCCUGUCGGUGCUGGCAGCAGUGUACUACUGGAACAUUGGGAUCUUGCUGCGCAUGUCCACGUCGGACGAGCAAGUGAUCGAGCUCGGCAUUCGGUUUGCACGCAUUAUGACGUUGACGAUCUUUCCGAGUCUCACGUAUGCGUGCAUGCGUCUGUACUUUCAGUCCAUGACGAUUGUCCUUCCCACGACUCUCGUGGGCCUUGCGUCCGUUGGUGUCGCCAUCGGAGCCAACUACUUCCUCAUUUACGGCACGGCGACGUGGCCAGGAAUGGGCUUUGAUGGAUCGCCUUGGGCGACCGUGAUUGCGUGCGUCUUUCAGCCCACGGCGCUGUAUUUGUACUGCGUAGUUUGGAAGCAGUACCAUCUCCAGGCGUGGGGCGGGUGGAAGCUUGAGGAACUGACGUGGGAUCGAUUCUGCACGUUCUUGUCGCUGGGUGUCCCGAUGGCGUUUAACUCGCUCAUUACGAACGUCGCGAGUGCUGGCGUCGCAGUGAUCGCAGCCAAGUUGGGCCCUGACGUCGUUGCGGCGAAUGCAAUUGUGACGCAGUUCUGGACGAUCUUGUAUGCCUUCUUUUGGGGAUUUGGCUGUGCGACGCAGACCAAGGUGGCAUUCUACCUUGGCGCCGGGAAGCCCACAAGCGCCAAGGCCGUGACCAAGAUUGGCGCUGUCUGUACCAUCCUGAAUGCAGUCGUACUGGCCAUCGUGAUCCUGACCCUUCGCCAUCGCAUCUUUGUCGUGUACACCAACGACGACACGUUGCUUCAGUUGUCGGGCCUCGUCGUCCCGAUCUUUGUGUGGGCUUACUUCCUCGAGUCUCUCGAGAUGUUUAUGGCCGCCGUCUUGACCGGCAUGGGCGAAGUCCGCGUGAUUUUUUGGACGGCGCUGUUUGCAACGUGGUGUGUCCAGCUGCCCGUGUGCUACGUGGGGGCGUUUGUGUUUGACGCUGGGUUUCCAGCGCUGUGGAACGCCGUGUGCACGAUGGAGGCGUCGAAGUUGGUGAUUUUUGCAGUCGUCCUCUCCCGCGUCGACUGGGAUGCCGUGACGGAUCGUGCCAUCAAGGCAAGCGAGGCCAAGAGCAACAUCUCGGAUGAAGACGAAUUGAGACACCAGAACGAGGAACUGGUCGAGUUGUCGGACAUCUUUAACGGUCCGACCAUGGUUGGCACUCCGCGAACGCCUCUCGGGGCCAUCACCCCGUCGUCUGCUAGCGUACGGAAGCGCACGCUGUCGUUCGGGACCGUCCUGGGCACCGACAAGACCGGGCAUGUGUAGUGGCCGACGGGAUUGGGCUCUUGAAUCGUCGAAUGAUACAUCCUAUCGUCAUGUUUGUGGACUUUUGCGCUCUGGAACGCAUGAAUAAUUAACAACUUCGGUCGCAUCGACGACAAUUCGAAUUGAUAGUU